CCUUCUACUAAAUUUUGCCUCGCAAAACUGAAAAGGAAGAGAAAAAGAAAAGAGGGAAAAAAAAAGAAAAAAAAAAUUAAAGGGAGGGAAAAUGCUUUGUUUUACGCUUUUAUCUAUGCCUGUGUCUGUCUCUCACAUUUGGUUUGGAUAUUUCCAGGUUAAUGAAAUUGCCUAAUCGAUGAUCUCGACUCAAUUCCCAAGAAUCCCAUAAACGCGACCUCCUAAAUCCAAAAUCUCUCGUGCUUUCCUGCCGAUUCUAGGGUUUCUUACUUUGGCCAUCUUUGCCUGUACUGUGAUCUCCUAGGGUUCUUAAACCAACCAAACAAAGAAACAGAACAGAAAAAGAACAAAUAAAAAAAAAAUUGUUUGGAGCUCCGGAAGUCCGCCAAUCUAGCUCUUUUAUCUCUGGUUCUUGCUGUUUUUUCGGUCCCUUGGUGAGCAUCGUUAAGAUCGGUGUACGACUACAAGUCAAGAUCUCUGCUUAAUGUUGAUGACUGGAGGUUGUUAUGACAUUAGAUUAGCUUCAGGCUGCCAAGAUCAAGCAUUGAUGUAAUGGUUGUUAGAAUUUAUCGUAAGGAAGAAGAAUCGCUGUCUCAAAAAUGACUUUCGCUAAGCUCGAUGACUCUCCUAUGUUUCGCAAGCAGAUACAAUCCUUGGAGGAAAGUGCUGAAUUGCUUAGGGAGAGGAGUUUAAAGUUCUACAAAGGAUGUCGGAAAUACACUGAAGGACUAGGUGAGGGAUAUGAUGGGGACAUUGCCUUUGCCAGUGCUCUAGAAGCUUUUGGUGGAGGCCAUAAUGAUCCCAUUAGUGCGGCUUUUGGAGGCCCUGUUAUGACCAAAUUUACCAUAGCCUUGAGAGAAAUUGGUACAUACAAAGAAGUUCUUCGAUCUCAGGUUGAGCACAUACUAAAUGACAGAUUACUACAAUUUGUCAAUAUUGAUUUGCACGAGGUCAAGGAAGCAAGGAAACGUUUUGACAAGGCAAGCCUUCUUUAUGAUCAGGCUCGUGAGAAAUUUUUAUCACUGAGGAAGGGCACGAAGACUGAUGUAGCUACUCUGUUAGAGGAGGAGCUUCAUACUGCAAGGUCUGCAUUUGAGCAAGCUCGUUUUAAUCUAGUGACUGCUCUUUCUAAUGUGGAAGCAAAAAAGAGGUUUGAAUUUUUAGAGGCUGUCAGUGGGACAAUGGAUGCACAUCUUCGUUACUUCAAGCAGGGGUAUGAGUUGUUGCAUCAAAUGGAGCCAUAUAUAAAUCAGGUUCUGACUUAUGCUCAACAGUCGAGAGAGAGGUCCAACUAUGAGCAGGCAGCUCUCAGUGAAAGGAUGCAAGAGUACAAAAGGCAGAUUGAUCGUGAGAGUAGAUGGUCUUCCAAUGGUUCCAAUGGAUCUCCUAAUGGAGAUGGUAUACAAGCAAUUGGUAGAAGUUCACAUAAAAUGAUAGAGGCGGUAAUGCAAUCUGCUGCAAAGGGAAAGGUCCAAACCAUUAGGCAAGGUUAUCUAUCAAAACGUUCCUCAAACUUGCGAGGUGACUGGAAGAGAAGGUUUUUUGUACUUGAUAGUCGAGGAAUGUUGUAUUACUAUCGCAAACAAUGCAGCAAAUCAUCUGGUUCUGGUAGUCAACUUUCUGGUCAAAGGAAUAGCUCUGAGCUUGGAUCUGGAUUGUUGAGUCGCUGGCUGUCUUCCCAUUAUCAUGGUGGAGUACAUGAUGAGAAAUCUGUUGCUCACCAUACUGUGAACCUUCUUACAUCAACAAUCAAGGUUGAUGCUGACCAGUCUGACUUGCGAUUCUGCUUCAGGAUUAUUUCACCAACAAAGAACUACACUUUGCAGGCAGAAAGCACGCUAGAUCAAAUGGAUUGGAUUGAAAAGAUAACAGGGGUUAUUGCUUCAUUACUUAGUGCUCAGGCUCCAGAGAGGUGUCUGCCUGCUAGUCCCAUGGGAAGUGGUCAUCAUAGGUCUGCCAGUGAGAGCAGUUCAUUUGAAAGUGCUGACUUUGACCACUCUGCCGUUGAUGAAUUUACAUCUGAGAGGAGCCUUGCUGGUGCUCAUCAUGAGCGACCAUCGAGAACCUCACAGCAACGUUCCAGUGCAGAGAAGCCAAUUGACGUGCUGCAAAGAGUAUGUGGGAAUGAUAAAUGUGCAGAUUGUGGUGCCCCAGAACCAGAUUGGGCAUCCCUAAAUCUUGGUGUUCUUGUUUGCAUUGAGUGUUCUGGUGUUCACCGUAAUCUUGGUGUGCAUUUAUCAAAGGUAAGGUCCCUCACACUGGAUGUCAAAGUAUGGGAGCCUUCUGUUAUAAGUUUGUUUCAAUCUCUGGGAAAUGCCUUUGCAAACUCAGUUUGGGAGGAGUUGCUGCAAUCAAGAAGUACCUUUCAGGUUGAUCUCAUCCCCACAGGCUCAUACAAGUCUGAUAAAUCACAGCCACAUUUUAUCUGCAAACCCAGUCCAGCUGAGUCUAUAUCAGUAAAGGAGAAGUUUAUCCAUGCAAAGUACGCAGAAAAGUUGUUUGUUCGCAAGCCUAGAGACUGUCAAUAUCCUCAUUCAGUGUCGCAGCAGCAGAUUGUGGAAGCUGUUCGUGCUAAUGACAAGAAGUCUGUGUACCGUCUUAUUAUCAAUCAUGAAGCAGAUGUCAAUGCCGUGUAUGAGCAAGCAUCUUGUAGCUCUUAUCUAACUCUUGCUAAAGUGAUGCUACUACAAGAGCAGACAGGCCUUGACCACUGCUCUAGCUGCUCAACGGGGAAUUCAUUGGACAGGUCCUCUACUAGCUCUUUGAAUUUGGCUGGUACUGGUGAAGGUCAGAUCUUGGAGGAUCUAGAUGGGUGUUCCUUGCUUCACCUCGCUUGUGAAACUGCAGAUAUUGGCAUGUUAGAACUCCUCUUACAGUACGGUGCAAAUAUAAAUUCAACUGACUCGAGAGGUCAGACGCCACUGCACCGUUGUAUUCUUAGAGGCAGAGCUGCAUUUGCAAAAUUGCUCCUUUCUAGGGGAGCAGAUCCACGGGCUGUCAAUGGGGAAGGUAAAACCCCUCUUGAGCUUGCGAUAGAGUCAAAUUUUGUUGACACUGAUGUCCUCACCUUAUUGUCAGACUCAAAUGGGUGACAUGCUCAUUAAAGGAUAAUAAUUAAAUAUUAAUUAAAAUGGGGUUGGGGAGUUAAAAAUUGAUAAUGGUAUUGCUUUUACUGUAAGUAUAUUUUAUAAGUCAAAGAGCUGGUUCUGCAUUGAGGAUGUCAGCAGUGUUUGAAAUAGAGUAGAGUGGUAGGUUGGCAUGCCUGCCCCAUGAGUAUCUAUGCAAAUUAGUCCCUCAUGGCUGUAUUUUACACUGCCCCACUCUGAGUUGAGAGCAGCUUGAAGUUUUUAGUGAAGGGGCUAUUGUAAUAUUAUGUGUUUUUGCUUAAUCAGCAUGUUUUGUUCCUUAUGUGGUGGAGCUGUGAGGAUUUAGUUUAGGGCAUUGUGUAUUUGGACAUUGGUUUCUUUUAGUGAAGAUUUCCUACUGCUGCAA